AUGUCGGUGGCAAAGUCAAUUGCAGUCUUUGGCGGACUGGGUUUCCUUGGUCGUAAGAUCUGUGAAGUGGGAAUCCAGAGAGGAUAUGACGUAACAGCAUUUUCCAGAUCGGGGGAGCCUCCACAAGCUGCUAUCCAUCAGCCAUGGAUCAAAGAGGUCAAUUGGGAGAAAGGCAACAUAUUUGAACCUCUGACUUAUACGCAUAGCUUAUCUUCGUUUGGAACUGUAGUUCAUUCUAUAGGUAUUCUUUUUGAAAAUUCAAGUUAUAAGAAGACGAUGAACUCCAACUUCAACUUCUUGAACGACAUCCAGAAUUUGGCUUCACUGCUCAAAGGGCCCAAUCCCAUGGCCAAAGACGAUCACAACACCUAUGAAGCUAUUCAGCGAGAUUCGGCUGUACUUUUGGCUGAUAACUUUAUUGAGCACCAGAAACAGGACCCUGUAUUCGUGUAUAUCUCGGCUGAUAGUCAAUUCCCAAUAGUACCUCUGGAGUAUUUGACUACCAAAAGAGAGGCUGAAUUUGAAUUAUCGUGUAAAAAGGGUUUGCGCUCAAUCUUGAUGAGACCAGGGUUCAUGUACGAUCCAUCUCAUGAGGGCCAGGAUAACCGUGACAUUCUUGCCCGCCUCUUGAAGUUGGGCUAUUCUACAAAAGAAGUCAUUGUUGGAGACAAAAUCUCGUUCUUGAACAAGCUGGUCAGACCGCCAGUGACUACAGAACAGGUUGCAUCUAAGAUCUUCGAGAAGAUCGAGAACCCAGACUUCAGUGGAGUGGUGUCGUUGGACGAGAUUGCUGGUCGGAGAUGA